GUGUGGGGCCAGGUGGUGGUGGGCCCUCCCGGCGCGGGCAAGACCACCUACUGCGCCGGCAUGCAGCAGUUCCUCAGCCUGGCGGGGCGCCGCGUGGCAGUGGUCAACCUGGACCCCGCCAACGACGCCGCCCUGCCCUACACACCCGCCGUGGACGUGGGGGAGCUUGUGUCGCUGGAGGCGGUGCAGGAGGAGCUGGGGCUGGGGCCCAACGGGGGGCUGGUGUACUGCCUGGAGUACCUCGAGAGGAACCUGGACUGGCUGGCGGAGCGGCUGGCCCCGCUGGAGGAGGAGGGCUGCUACCUGCUGUUCGACCUGCCCGGCCAGGUGGAGCUCUUCACGCUGCACGGCGCGCUGCGCCGCAUCCUGGAUGUGCUGACGAGGCGGUGGCAGUACCGCCUGACCGCGGUACAGCUGGUGGACGCGCACCUCGACCCAGCCAAGUACCUGAGCGCCCUGCUGCUGAGCCUGAGCACCAUGCUGCACCUGGAGCUGCCUCAGGUCAACGUGCUGUCCAAGAUGGACCUCAUAGAGCAGUACGGCGAGCUGGCUUUCAGCCUGGACUUCUACCUCCAGGCGCAGGGGCUGGGCCACUUGGCGGAGGCCAUGGAAGGCAGCUUCCCGCCCAGGUUCCAGCGCAUGACGGCAGAGCUGUGCGAGGUGAUCGAGGACUUUGGGCUGCUGUCCUUCCAGCCGCUGGCCAUCGAGGACCGCGACGCCAUGCGCCACCUGGUGGCCGCCAUCGACAAGUCCAAUGGCUUUGUGUUUGCGGGGCUG